AUGAACAGGCACGUUGUACGCCUAAUCGUCGGCGGAAAACUUAUGGAAAAAAAAAACAUCGACAAGAAAAUAAUCCAACGCAACUUAGAGCAUGUCAUCUUACAUUUUGAUAAGUACAGCCAAGAAACUGGCACAUGUGCAUUGCUCAAAAAAAUUAUUCCUUAUACAAAAAACACAUUCCUCGGAAGUAUGCACUUGAAAUACUUAUAUUCCCAUGUCGUUGAACCCCUACUAAAAGAGGGGAAUAUUGACCCCGCAUGUUUACCAAACCUUGUUCAUACAUUUAAAAGAAAUGAAGACUGUAACUACAUGAUGAAAAAAUUGAGUGAUUACAUCACCUGUGCCAUUCGAGAAGGAAAAAUAUCUGUGCAGAAUGACGUAAACAACUGGAUCGGUGUAGUACAGGUAUUUUCUUGCAGACGAAGAGGCAUAAAUUUUAUGCCUCUCUUAAGGCACCUUUUGGUGAAGGACAGUUUUACAUCCUCACACAGUGGAGCUACACAACAUGUUCAGAUGAGUGAUCCUUGCAACGUAGAGCCACCUAUCCCAAAUGAUGUACAUAUUCAACAAAGCACACCCCAUCAAUGCCAAGUGUUCCAUACCAUUUCUUCUCGUCAUCUCUGCUACGCAACGUUGGAAAGCCUCCCCCCCAGGGCCUUCUGCAUACUACUGAAUGUCUUGUCCAAAGUUAAAAUGCAGAACACGCCAGAUUCCAUCUUCACAGCCUUUCUGCAUGAAAAUACGUUCCAAAGACUCCCCUACAUGAGCAACAUCGACUUGUGCCAACUCGCAGAGGCUCUUCCUCAACUGAUAUGUGUCGACAGGGAAAUUCUUUGCACACUGAUAGAACCGGAAGUGCUCAAGAGGGUAAGGUCCUUUGACAUUUUACAGUUAUCCCUGAUCUUUCAUUCGCUCUCCAAAUAUUGGGAGGACUUAAAAAAAAAACACAUUUUCUGCAUACUCUUCAUGCAGAAGAUAGAAAAAUAUUUGACACUAUAUUCACUACACAAUAGGGAGGAGAAGUAUAUUCUGCGAACUCGAAACAAAAACACGCUGAUCGAAAUAGUACCCAUGUUUUUUUUGGCAUACGUGAAAAAUGCGCACUACAUGUUCCAUCAUUAUUUUUGUUUUUCCAAGUUCGUACAGCUACAGUUUUCGAUUUUGUCCAAGUGGCUGUAUCGCUCACUAGAACAUCGCUCUCUCUUUGGAGGAAAUGAUCAAUGUGGUGUGCCAAAUCAACAGGUCCAGCGACCCUCCCUGAUGAGUAGGUAUCAGCAUCAGCAGUUUGGAGACGACGGAGGAAGCCAUCCUCCCUGCUUACGCCACACCAACCAAACACUCUCCAAUUUGAUGUACGCUUUUAUUGGCUACCUUUACAACAUUAGCACAUUACAGUACAAGGAAGAACAGAGCAAAUCAUUCACCAAGCACCUCCAUUUAACCCUGGACAACAUUAAUCAGCUCCUCUCUUACUUCAUGCUUUUUUAUCGUCACAGGGAAGUCGUCACAAAUGGGACGGAAUUCAUUCUGCCAGUGCACAAAUCCCAGCUUUUAAUUUUUUUGUACACCUACUGGGGUUUCCUUCUCGAUUUGCACUCCAGCGUAGAUGAUUGCACAAUGAUGGAAAAAAAAAAAAAAAAUUUAACCUUAACCGUUCAGGCAAAAUGGGACGAAAAAGAAAAUACCAUGCUGCACACAGCUGACUCAUUUUUUUUCAUCAAAUUGGAGAACGUGAAGAAGAUAAGUUUUCUCCUUGCACUUUUGGACGAAAUUAAUCUAAACGCCUUGAUGAGAGAAACCUUACAAGAAAACAACAAAUACGUCAGUCACAUUUAUUCACAGAUAUUAAAUGUGGUUAACAACUCGGUAGGAGUUCCCCAACGGGCAGCUCUACAUUUCAGCAGACGUGUGGUGGGGCCAUACACAAUUUCUGAACUGUGCAGGUGA